AUGAGCAUGAAUCAGAUAGCAUUUGGAACUGGAAUAGCAGGGGUGAGAGUAUCAAUGGCGAAACCAUGGGCUGUCAGAGCAGAGCUACCCAAGGCUCCUGAUCUAUGUGCUGACCGCUCCAUUCUGCGAAGUGGGUCUUCCUCAUCUCGCCGUCGUGACCUCGUUUUCGUCGUCAAUCCUAGCGGUGCUAAUGGGAGGACAGGUAAAGAGUGGAAGAAGCUGCUGCCAUAUCUAAGGUUUCGCCUUGGUGCCGAUUGCAAUAUAAGCGAAUCUUUAACAUCAGGUCCUUCUCAUGCAAUUGACAUAACGAGAGAGGCUAUAAGGGAGGGUGCUGAUGCUGUAAUAGUGGUGGGAGGAGAUGGAACUCUGCAUGAGGUUGUCAAUGGAUUCUUUUGGGCAGGAAAACCUGUUACAAAUCAUGAUAGAGAGGUCACCCAUUCAACUGCACUCGGUCUCAUUCCUUUGGGGACUGGGUCUGAUUUUGCCCGAACUUUUGGCUGGAAAAAUGAUCCUCAUGAAGCCAUUGACCGCAUAGCCAAAGGGCAGAGAUCACGGAUAGAUGUUGGUGUUAUUAGUGGAGAAGAUGGAGAACCCCAUUACUUUGUUAAUGUUGCUGACAUUCAUUUGAGUGCAAAAGCAGGAUACUAUGCUUCUAGAUACAAGAGAUUUGGCAACUUGUGCUAUGUUAUUGGUGCUUUGAAAGCCUUUGUUGGGCACCGUAAUCAGGACCUUAAAAUCAAGGUCAAUGAAGGGGAGUGGGAACUAUACUCUCAAGUAACAGCCCUUUGCAUCGGAAAUGCAAAAUUCUUUGGCGGUGGCAUGAAAAUUACACCAAAUGCUGACCCUCACAGCGGCAAUUUUGAGGUUGUGAUUCUUCAGGACUUCAAGUGGUAUGACUUUAUUCUGAAGCUACAUAAGCUGUACAAUGGGACACAUCUAACAGUGAAAAAUGUAUCUUCAAGAAGCGUGCACUUAAUUGAAGUGGAAGACGUCUCAGGCAGUGGAAGCAUUUAUGUUCAAUCUGAUGGUGAACAUUUAGGAUUCCUGCCUAGGAAAUUUUGUAUAUUACCUUCUGCAGUCGAGAUGAUAUGUUGA